CUCCUCCACCCUCCGCUCUGUUCAAUGACGCUCUACAACAUCGAACACACGAAUGAACGGAUGAGUAAAAACAGGUUUGUAGGGCCUGUUUGAUUCUGAACACUAUGGAGCAGGUGUGACCGGGCUGUAUUUCAUAUCAUCUCUUACCAACUAUUCGUUCUCCAUCAAGAUGGCAUCAUGUGUUUCCGGCUGCUCUCCAGUGAUGAGGUUCUGUCAGAAGCUGAACAGGCUGAAGACCCUGGAGGACGAUGUAAUGGCAACUUCACUGAAACGCUGUCUGAACACAGUGGACCUUGCUCUGCUUGGUGUAGGUGGAAUGGUGGGUUCAGGCCUGUAUGUUCUCACAGGAACUGUUGCAAAAGACACUGCAGGACCCGCUGUAGUGAUAUCUUUCCUCAUAGCAGGAAUUGCUUCACUGAUGGCAGCGCUGUGCUAUGCUGAAUUUGGCGCUCGUGUACCAAAGACAGGCUCUGCCUACAUGUUCACAUAUGUCUCUGUUGGCGAAAUCUGGGCUUUCCUGAUUGGCUGGAAUGUCAUUUUGGAGUAUAUGAUUGGCGGAGCAGCGGUAGCUCGUGCAUGGAGUGGCUAUCUGGACUCGAUCUUUAAUCACCGCAUCCAGAACUUCACAGAAAGUCAUGUGAUGCGCUGGGAAGUGCCCUUUCUUGCUCAUUACCCAGACCUCCUAGCGGCUGCAAUCCUCCUAGUGGCUUCCUUUUUCAUUUCAUUUGGUGUUCGUGUCUCGUCUUGGCUUAACCACAUAUUUUCAGCCAUCAGUAUGGCAGUCAUUGUGUUUAUUUUGGUGUUUGGCUUCAUAUUGGCCGAUCCUGCCAACUGGAGUGCUCGGGAGGGAGGCUUUGCCCCGUUUGGGCUUUCGGGUAUCAUGGCGGGAACUGCAACAUGCUUCUAUGCUUUUGUUGGCUUUGACGUGAUCGCAGCUUCCAGCGAGGAGGCCAGUAAUCCUCAGAGGGCCAUUCCUGCAGCGACUGCCAUCUCAUUGGGUCUUGCGGCCACAGCUUAUGUCCUGGUGUCCACAGUUCUUACAUUGCUGGUUCCAUGGCACACGCUUGACCCAAACUCAGCUCUCUCGGAUGCGUUCUUCAGACGAGGUUAUAGCUGGGCUGGGUUUAUCGUGGCUGUGGGAUCCAUAUGUGCCAUGAACACUGUGUUGCUCAGCAACCUUUUCUCUCUCCCGCGGAUCGUGUACGCCAUGGCAGAGGAUGGCCUCUUCUUCUCUGUGUUUUCCCGUGUCAACCCUGUAACCAAAGUCCCAGUGAUCGCCAUUCUUGUUUUUGGCAGCCUUAUGGCGAUCCUUGCCCUCAUCUUUGAUCUAGAAGCUCUGGUCCAGUUCCUCUCUAUAGGCACUCUGCUGGCUUACACUUUUGUAGCAGCCAGUGUAAUAGUGCUCCGCUUCCAACCGGAUAAAAGCAGCGGGAGUUCAGGAGCAGGUGGAGUCAAGACCGAUGCUUCAUCCACACCUUCAGGAAACCAGUCAGGGCAGCAGAUGGAUGUUUCUGUGGCAGCAAAUGAAGCCCAGACCUUUGCACAGGAUGGUGGAGAGCUGAAAGAGUACGAGUCUUUCUCUGAUAAACUUCAACUGGUGGAGAGGCAAAAGGCAGUGAAGGAGAAACGGGCUCCUGGGAUGCUGAAGGCUCGCUGGGAGCCAUAUUUGGGUCGGAUACUGGGUGACUGUGAGCCUGGUGAAGUGGUGGCAUUCUCUGUGCUCGCUCUGAUGGUCAGUGGAGUCUCUCUCAGUGCUGUGUUGGUGUUUGGGAAUAACCAGCUGCAUCUGCCUGUGUGGAGCUUCACCCUGCUUCUGGUCAUCUUCAGUGUAGUCUUCCUGCUCAGUUUGGCUCUCAUCUGGGUCCAUGAACAGCAGCCCAACCUUAAGACUUUUCAGGUUCCUCUGGUGCCAUUUAUUCCUGGCUUCAGCAUCCUUCUGAAUGUAUUCCUCAUGUUGAAGUUAAGUCCUCUCACCUGGAUUCGGUUCACCGUCUGGGUCGCUGCAGGCCUCCUGGUGUAUUUCGGGUACGGCAUCUGGCAUAGUAAGGAGGGUUUACGGGAACAGCAGGGGCAGGACGUGGCAGCACGUUACGUGGUUCUUCCCAGCGGCAGCCUGGUGGAGACAGUCCAGAAUGUCCAGCCCGAAGGACAUACUCACAGCACACACACUUCAACCCUUGACAAUCCACCUGCCAGCAGAUGAUCUGAUCAUGCUGAGGUGUGUUUACAGUACACCUGCAUGCCUGCCUGGUCUCUUAUACUUGCUUUUCUUUCUGGUCAGUUUUUGCUGACAGCAUUUCAAGUUAAGCUGUUCAUCAACAAGAUGGAUUGAAGAAACAUUCUGGUUUCAGGUUAAGCUCAGUUGU